UAAUUUGCCAUAAACGCUAAAGAUGUCCUAAUACAAUGAUAUAGGUGAAGUGGAUGCUGGGCGUUGUGCUGAAGGUUGACAUAAUAGGAGGGGACUACUGAUAAAAUUGUCGGCGCCCGCUUAUAUCAGACCUUAUGGUGGUUAAUGAAACAUUGUUAUAUUAGUCACCUAAUAUCAAAUUGGCACGUUAUUCGACAAUCUUGAGUUCAUCGGCGGAGUGGCCUAGAAACUGAGUUGUGAAUAAACUGAUAAUGUAUUUUCAUGAUAUAGCGAUAACAUUCUUCUGAUACAUAAUUAAAAAAAAUCUCUUUUAAAGCUACUGUUUAAUUUAAGUUUGUCUACGCCUAUAUCGCCAGUAUUUAUUUGUACGUCUACAUAAUUUAAGUAAUGAUUGACUACAAAUGUGUGGUGCCAUAUCUUAAAAACGUCCAAAUUUGAGUUCGUAAAUUAUAUUUGUUUUAUAAAGACACAAAUAAAGAUGUUCUGAUAUUUUAUGUUAUGUAUAUAUCAUCAUUCAUUAUCCAAUAACACAAGAAAACGGCUUAAAAGCAAUUUACUUCUACUUCGUUAUUACUGUAAUUCUAUUACUGAUAAACAAAAUCAAAAUAUGUCUGUUGCUGUUCUAACUGCUGUUGCAGUUGUUUUAAUACUUAUAUUUCGCAUGUUAAAUGCUUCCAGUCAACCUCAAAAACCAGUGUUUCAUUGUAAAGAUAAGUUAUUUUUAAAUAAACUUCUGAAGUGGGCGCCACAUCUUGAUGAACCAUAUGUACCUACUAGAUUAUGGGGAUUUAGUGGACAUGUCCAAACAAUCUUAUAUAGUGUGUUUGGAAGAGUCAGAUGUCCUUGUCCUAAGGGUGAUAGAAGAUUUAUAUUAUUAGAUGAUGGAACUACCCUUACAUAUGAUUUAUUUAAACCAACUAUCUGUGAUCCAAAUCUAGAUGAUAUGACUGUAGUUAUAGUGCCAGGAAUUUGUAAUUCUUCAGAAAGUGAUUAUAUUAGAACUUUUGUAAAUUAUACUCAAGAUCAAGGUUAUCGAUGCGCUGUGCUUAAUCAUGUUGGUGCUCUACAUAAUGUACCAGUGACAUCUUCUAGAAUAUUUACUUAUGGACAUACUGAAGAUUUACAUGUUAUGUUGUGUAAUUUAUCUGAACUUUAUCCUAAAACAAAAAUAAUUAUUAUUGGAUAUAGUAUGGGAGGAAAUUUAGUCACUAAAUAUCUUGGAGAAACUUAUACAAAAAGACCAGAUUGUAUAGUAGCUGGAGUUUCAAUAUGUCAACCUUAUGAUGCAUUGAAAGCUACUGGAGUUCUUCUACAUUGGCAAAACUUCAGAAGACUUUACUUGUAUGCCUUAACAGAAGCUACAAAAGCCUUAAUUUUAAAACAUAGGCAUAAACUUUUGUCAGAUGAUAUAAAAGAACGAUUUUCCUUAAAUGAAAAGGAUAUUAUUUCAGCAGCUACUCUUCCUGAACUGGAUGAUGCUUAUACAAGAAAAGUAAAUAAUUUCAAAAACCUUCAUGAAUUUUAUGAAUGGUCUAGUUGUAUGUACUAUAUAAAUAAUGUUACCACUCCAAUGGUAUUCAUCAACACUAAAGAUGAUCCUUUAGUACCAGAAGAUUUAUUAAUUCCAGUUCAAAAUUAUGCAAAAUCUAAAGAUAAUUUUUUGUACAUGGAGUUAGCUCAUGGAGGACAUCUUGGAUUCUUUGAAGGAGGGUUUCUGUAUCCUAACCCUAUAGCAUGGUUAGACAGAACUCUGGUUUCCAUUAUCCCAGCUCUUAAAGAAUAUCACACUGAUGACUUGAAAAAGGCUUCAACUAUUUAUUAAUAAUUUAUUUUUUCUUAUAAAAAAAUACCAUUAAAGAGACACAAAACACUAAUUGUCUGAUAAUACAUUCUUCACUUUAGUAAAAUAGUUCUUUCACUACUUUAAGAAUCUUUAGAUCAUUUUGUUUUGAAAGUUCAUUUUCAAACAAUUUCUAUAAUGAUUUAAUUAUAUUAUUUAUUUAAGUAUAAUUUCUUUUAAAUCAAUGUAUAAAUUUGACUAGAGCUACUUUGAAAAAGUAUGAAUUUUAUAAUAUCAGUUCCUUUGUUAUGUUAAAAUUAAGUACCAGAUUAAAUUCACUUUAUUUUUGAUACAUUCAUAUUAUGUUUUUACGGUAUCAUUACUUUUAUUUUAAUGGAGAACAUAUAACAUCCUAACAUUUAAUAUUCAUAUAUUAUACUUUAUUUUUGAGAAUUUCAAAAAUAAUUAUUAUUUUGUUUAAUAUUAAUAUAAAAGCAUUAAAAAUUUUUACCUAAUUAAGUCAAUUUUAUUGAUUAUAUAAGUAUUUAAACCA